AUGGCAGUAGAUCAAAUUUUAGAAGCGUUGAUCACGAAAGACCCGGGUCUCCCUCGUCCUGAUCCUACUCGGGCAUAUUGGCAACAUGAAACUCAUGCGCUCAGCACGACUCAAAGCCCAGUCUUGCAAACAACAGACGUUGCGGUCAUCGGAUCCGGGAUUACGGGUGUCAGUGUAGCAAAAACACUGCUUGAGCAUCACCCAACCCAACAUAUCACCGUUUUCGAGGCUCGCACCCUUUGCUCUGGUGCAACGGGUCGCAAUGGCGGUCAAUUAGCGAUCAACGCCGCUGAAACAUACCAACAGUUGAAGCUUGAAGUGGGGGCUGAGAUGGCAGGCAAAAUAAUCCAAUUCAAUAUCAAGACUCUCGAUCGAUUACGCGACAUCGCUCGGGAAUACGCAACGAACGACCCAGAAUGUACCGAUGUUACCAAGCUGCGAUCUUUCAAAGACCCACAGUCAUUUGAGAAAGUCAAGAACGGUAUUAAAGCCCUCGAGACGGACCAUCCCUCCCUUAAGGGUAUUUACUCGAUACUCACGGCUGCGGAGUGUGAGAAGGACCAUGGAGUAUUUGGCGUUGCAGGUGGAGUCUGCCAUCCAGCUGGCUCAGUAUGGCCCUGGCGCAUGGUAAUGAACGUCUUUGAGAGGCUUCUGGGGACCUAUAAUGCUCGACUUGCGAUAGAAGCGAACACCCCGGUCACUUCGGUGCGUUAUAGCCCAGCGGAGGAUGCCAAUCGUCCGUAUGUGCUCUCCACGCCAAGGGGAGAAGUGCGAUGCGCACAUGUUGCAUAUUGCACGAAUGGGUUUACGGGACAUAUACUGCCUAGCCUCCGAGGAGGUUUGUUCCCAAUGAAAGGAACGAUGUCUGUUCAGGAUCUCGGUGAUCUUCUGAAAAACAAAGGGUCAUCGGAAUCCUGGGCGAUACACUACACGCCCUUCACGAAUGCCACAGACGAAACCAUUGCAGAUGGUCUUAUUUACGGUAUACAAAAUGCUAAGACUGGAGCUUUCUUCUUUGGUGGUGAGAAGUCGCGCAUCCAAGAUCUUCUGUCGUCCGACGACACUGAUGUAUCCGCUUCAUCUAUCAAAUUCCUCCAGCAAUCGCUCUUGUCUCUAUUUGGCCGAGACCCUGAAAUGAUUCAGGACUCCAAACUUAUCAGUUCUUGGUCAGGAAUCAUGUGCUUCUCUUCCGAUGGAAUGCCAUUGGUUGGAAACCUCCCAGAAACCGUUACUGGGCGUUCGGGCGGUGGUGAAUGGCUCUGUGCCGCUUAUAGUGGCUAUGGAAUGCCUACUGCUUGGCUUGCGGGUGAAAAUCUUGCCAGGUUGAUUUUGGACUUGCCAGUACAGAAGUGUUUCCCUGAAGCAUAUCUCAUCACUCACACACGGCUUCGGGACUCCAUCAAUGUCGACAAAAGCAUCGAGCGUCUCUAUCUGUAG